AUGGCCGUGAGGUCCCGGUUUUGGGGGUUCCCCCCCACCCCCGAGCCCCCCCCAUCGGCGGGGAUGGGCGUGGCUUCAGAAACACCGCCCCUCUCUAAUCAGGCCACGCCCCCUCACGCACUCAGACCCCGCCCCUAUCUCGCCCUGCUCCGCCCCUCCCCUCUCCUCCCCGCCUCAGCCAAUCCACUGCCGGCAGCCGCGCUGCCAACCAAUAGGAUCGCGCUCCUCCCUCCGCCCCGCCCCUCGUGGGCGGGGCCGAUCCUGAGGCGGCGGCGGCUCCGGGAGCGGCGGCGGCGCCGGGAGGGGGGACCGGGAGGGACCGGGAGGGACCGGGAGGGACCGAGGAGGGCUCGGAACGGCCCCGGAGCCCCCGAACGGCCCCGGACAGACCCCCAGAUCCCACCAUCCCGCGGUGAGGCCCGGCCCGGCCCCCGGAGCACCGGCAGCGGGGGAGCCCCGGCCCGACCCUCAGAGCCCCGGCCUGACCUUCUGCGAAUCCCGGCCCGACGCCCGGAGCCCCGGACAGACCCCCUGAGACCCGGCCCGACCCCCGGAGCCCCGGACAGACCCCCGGAGCCCCGGCCCGACCCCUGGGCCCCGGCCUGA